CCAUCAAAAAUAAUGAUUAAUUUAGAAGAUAAUGUACAGUAUGUGUCCAUGAGAAAAACUCUAAAAGUGAAGAGACCUCGUUUUGAUGUAUCAUUGGUCUAUUUAACUCGGAAAUUUAUGGAUCUUGUCAGAAAUGCUCCUGGGGGUAUUCUUGACUUAAACAAGGUCGCUACAAAACUGGGAGUGCGGAAACGAAGAGUGUAUGACAUCACCAACGUCCUAGAUGGGAUCGACCUGGUUGAAAAAAAAUCUAAGAACCACAUUCGAUGGAUAGGAUCUGACCUCAACAAUUUUGGAGCUGUGCCCCAACAGAAGAAGCUGCAGGAGGAACUUUCUGACUUAUCAGCGAUGGAAGAAGCUCUGGAUGAGUUAAUUAAGGAUUGUGCUCAGCAGUUGUUCGAGUUAACAGAUGACAAAGAAAAUGAAAGACUAGCAUAUGUGACGUACCAAGAUAUCCACAGCAUUCAGGCCUUUCAUGAGCAGAUUGUUAUCGCAGUGAAGGCUCCAGCAGAAACUAGACUGGACGUUCCAGCCCCCAGAGAAGACUCCAUCACGGUGCAUAUACGGAGCACCAAGGGGCCCAUUGACGUCUAUCUGUGUGAGGUGGAGCAGGGCCGCUCAAGCAGUAAGGUGUCUGGAGGUGCAGGAACCUCAUCAUCUAAAGGCAAACAUGCAAAAAACCCUGAUAAAGAAGAAAGUCCUCCACAGCAAAGUGAAGAACAGCUUGAAGUGAGCAACUGAUGGGCUCUGAGCAUGCGUGUGCCGAGUGGUUUGGAGCAUCCCGUGGAUGGUUACGCAUCAAGUUUGAUCCUCAGAGCAACAGGUCACUGUGAGGUCCCCUCCUCCUCAGCACUAGCAUCAAGCCCCGUGGUGUGUUUGAGUGGCUCACUACUUAGGUUCCUGCAUUAUUAUGGUUUCCACGUUCAAAAGCAACUCUUUUAAAAUUCACCGCUUUUUGUCAGGGAAGUAUGCUUUUUUUCAGCCUGCCUACUGAAAUAGCUUCCUCACAAAGAUAGCUCUAAAACCGUCCGUCAAGCCUGAAUGGACAGUCCUCUGGGCUCUGCGCCUCCUCCAAGGAUCAUGUGUCAUUAUACAAAAGCAGUUGCCUUACACAAGUUCAUGUCUGCAGUGAGCUGCUGCGCACUGAUGGGGUGCACCCGCCAUCUGAAUGUGAUUUCUGUAUAUAUCUGUAUAGUGUUUAGGUUACCUAUGCUUCUAAGUGGAUCUUUUCACAUUGUACAGCCAAAAUCAUGUAUAUAUGGAAAUUAAUAGGCAAAUUCUCUAAUUUCUGUGGCACAUGUAACUUAUUAGAACCCUGUGAGUGUGGUUUAGAGGAGCCUUUUUUCCAAACUUCUACAUGUAGAGUAGCAUAAAUAUGCUAUAAUACAGUAAAGAUCAUGGGUUUAAUUCAGAAUUUCAGCAUGACUCACAGGGCUGGAAUUGGAUGUCGAACCACCUACAGUUACUGUGUCUGAGGAGACCGGUGGCUGCCCCAAACCUUUAGGGACAAGUGUAGAAAUGCCAUCAGAUAGUGUCUUAGUUGAGUGUAAGGCACCAAUUCAAUUACAGUGACAGGUGGAAACUGUUGUAACCUUUUUGCCAGCAGGUUUUGUGAUAGUGUUUCUGUGUGCAGCUUGCUCUUCAAUCAGGGGUUUACUUAGGCGCUAGUUGUACCUGCCCUCACUCCCGCUCUGGUCCCCCAUUUCCAAGUACCUAGCUAACUCUACCUCACUGGGUAAAUCGUGUACCACUCUGUGCCUCAGUUCACUCGUAGUUUACCAUUAGACUGUGAGCUCCUUGAGGGACUUUGUCUUAAUCAUUGUACACCCAGAGCCUUGCACCGUGCCUGCCCGGCAAUAAGUGCUCAGUAAAUGUUUGAACAAAUCGGCGAGUGAGUGAAUUGUAAAAUGAGACUAAAAUACUUGGCUUGUCUACCAUACAGGAUUCUUAUAAGCGUCAUUCAGAUUUGUAUUUUAAAUGCCUCUUGCUUUCAAAGAAAAACCUGAAGCAACUUGAAAUUAAGAUCAUGUAUAAAAAGAUUUAAAAUAGAAACAAAAAUGAAAAUAUUGAAAAA